AUGUUUCCUUGGUCUGCUGUUUUAUCCCUUGAGCCCAAAGUGCCCGGCCAACGCUCCACUGAGGAGUUGGUGACCAAUACUCUGAUGUUGGAGUUGGGGGCCAUGGUGAAACGCACUGAGCGCAUCCAUCUGGAGCGGGCGACAGAGGGGCAACGCCGCCGUCGCAGCUCCUCUUCCACAGUUGACUACAGCUGGCUGGCCAACACCCCGCACCCACACCACUAUGAGCUGACACCCAGUGAUCUGCUGGAGCUGCAGGACCUCUGUGCCAAGAUCCCUCCUGCACAGUGUGGCCCUUUGAUCGUCAGGUUCAGGAAGCUGGUGUCGCAGAUGGAGCCUGAGGUUCAUGAGGUUCCCCGGCUGUUUCGCUCAGUGCUGCGCGACUGCAUGGACGAGAUGAACGGACACGAAGACCUGCAUACGCACGACCCCGUCUUUGAGAAGCAGCAGCGCAGCAAGAGUCUCUCUUUUGUUACUUUCCGCACCAAGUUCUGCACGGGUCACCUCUUCAAGGGCAGCGGCAUGAAAGGCUCGAGGGGGAAUCUGCAGCAGCAGGUGGAUUGGUCGGACGAGGAGGAUAUAGAAGGGGAGGAGGAGGCCAUCAAGGCCAGGGCGAGGAAGGGAAGGAGCAGGAGCAUGCCGGAGAUCGGCCCUAUGGAGCAGAGCGCUCAUGGGUGAGCGGAGGGAGGGAGAGUAUGGUGGAGGGGAGAA